CCAGACAGGUGGCGGGUGACCCUGUUGUUGGGGGUAGGGGUGGCCCCAGAACAUCACGGUGCAUUCACCCUUGUUCCCACUGUCUUUGACCCUAGAAGCCACGAUGCCGGGCCCUUGGCUGCUGCUGGCUCUGGGCUUGAUCUUCACCCUGACUGGUGUCCCCGAAUCCUGCGCCUUGCUGGAGGCAGCCCAGGAGGAGGGUGCAGUGACUCCCCACCUGGGGAACGUCCAGAUACGUCCAGAACGUCGAUUCUUGCAGAAAGACCUGCAGCGGGUGCGAGGGGACCUAGGUGCGGCCUUAGACUCCUGGAUCACGAAGCGUCAACAUCCAGGCAAAAGGGAGGAGGAAGAAGAAACUGAAGCUGAAGAGAGGGGGGACAUGGGAGAAGGGGGAACCUGGACUCCCCACAAACGACAGCACCCUGGCCGCCGUGCCAACCAGGACAAGUAUUCGUGGGUGGACUCAGAGGACAGCGCCUGGAUGCCACAGUCCAGGGUACCAGAUUUCUUUCUGGAUUCCUGGUUCCUAGAUGUCCCCCAAGUCAAGCGGCAGCACCCCGGCCGGAGAUCUUUCCCCUGGAUGGAGUCUGAUCUCACCAAGAGGCAGCAUCCAGGCCGGAGGUUCAUAGAUCCCAAGCUUCAGAGAAGCUGGGAACAAAAAGAAGAGGGAGAGGGUGUCCCAAUGCCCGAGAAACGCCAGCAUCCUGGCAAGAGGGCAUUGGGUCACCCUUGUGGGCCCCAGGGAACUUGUGGCCAAACAGGCCUGCUCCAGCUCCUGGGUGAACUGAGCAGGGGUCAAGAGACCCUGGAGGAGCAAAGUCCAGAGCUGGAAGACUGGGUCAGGGAGCCUCUGUUGGAGGACUAAACCCAGAGUCAGGCUUUAGUCUAGGAUGACUGAAGCCCUGUGUGCUCCACCCUGUCUCCUUCACCACCUUUCCCCCCUCAGAGGUUAACCCUGAGCCCUCUGUUCAUAGCAUCUUCCCAAUCCUCUUCCUUACCCACUUUAAUGACCCCAGUCAGGAAGUUAGAGCCCUACUUGUCCCUGCAAGCAAGAGGGGA